AACACUAUCCAUGGAUAAAGAAAAUAAAGAAGAAAUAAGAAAUAAAGGAGCAAAAGAGACUUUUAUAUUUGGUAGUUGGAAAUGCAGGAAUCCACGAAAAAUAAGAAUAAAGCCAAGAGACAUCUCCUCAAAUGAAUUAGAAAGGGACGAAUCAAUUUACAUAAACAAAGAUGUAAAUUUACAAUCAAAUUACCAAAAUAACCAAAAUACUCUCCCAUCUUCGUCAAGUAUUUAUAAUUCUUUUAACAUAGAAGAACAGAAUGAAAUCAAUGUCACGAGAAGGGCUAUUUCUGUUUAUGAUCAAUUGCACGAGCAAGAUUUUUGGUGUCCUAGAUGCAACAGCAAAAUGGAAGAACCCAGAUUGCUGCCUUGCCUACAUUCAGUUUGUAAUAAUUGUGUCAAUGAAUUUAUGAACAAAGAAUAUCAUGGGCCGUUUCCGUUAGUUGACGAUAGUAUCAGGGAUGCUUUCCAAACUUAUAGGCCAGUCGAGGGUUGUCCGAUAUGUGCCUUUCCUCUGCCAAAAUACGGUUCACCAACUCCACCUCCUCAUUAUUCGCUUCAACAUCGCCUUGUCGUUUACGCAGUACGUCGGCGACUGUCUCAACGUGUCAUUUGCUGCGAUGUCUGUCCCGAGGAAGUGCAGGCGACGCAGCAUUGCUCGAGCUGCCUAUGCAAUCUCUGCCGCGACUGCGGCGCCGAGCACGAGGGUCGGGAACCAGGUCACGCUGUACGUCCUCUCUGGGAGGCGCGGCGCAUCCGUCGACUGGCUGUCUGUCUAGCCCAUCCGGCUCAACCCCUAAGAUUUCACUGCCUAGCUUGCCAGCAGCCGACUUGCCGGGAAUGCGUUUGGCUCGGGGAGCACCGGGGACACGCGAGCGAGGACGCGGCUAGUGCCGGCACCAGGGCUGCCCGGCAACUCGAGAUCGUACUGAGAAGGGCCCGCGCGCUCCUCAAUUCUCUUCUUACCGAGUACGACGAGCAAGUGUUCGAGCCUGGACCUAGAUCGCAGACGGCCCUCGACGUGGCCAGGGACAGCAGCAUACCUCGAACCUGUCACUUUCGGAGCCGAUCGACCAUUUCGUCGCACUCGAAGGAGGCCAGAGAAAGGAUUCAAGAAUUUUCGAGGCUGAGAAGGGCGAGAUACUUGAUCGAUGCUAUAUUCAUUGGAGAGGACUUGAUAGCGAAUGGAUCCGAUGUCGAGAUACUCAGUUUAAAGCGUAUAAUUCUAAAGAGACUUAAGUUUUUGGGUGUGGCGAUCGACGCGCAAGCGCGACUUAAUAAUAGCACUAAUAAAAGCUCAUACCGAGCCCUACAUAGCGGGAUAUAUCAUUGUUGUACAUUCUGCUCAAGUGGGGGGAAGAAAGAAGCCAUUUGCGCCUGCAGUGGAACGAUGCCAGGUGGAUAUAGAGGUUGCGGUCAUGGUCAUCCAGGGCAUCCUGGUAUUCAUCACUGGUCCUGCUGUGGAUCAAUUUAUCGCGAUGGGAUUUGCUUGCUUCCACGAAAACGUACCUUCAAAAUAAGGCUGUAACACUUGACCAAAUUUCAGAGCUUAUAUUUUUUUUACCAAAGACUGCGAAAACAAAAAAAAAUAUGUAGAGUUUCUUAGAUUCUAAUACAUGGGAGUAGAGAAAAGACGGUACUCGAGCAUGUAUAUUGGUAACUCAAAUUUGCCUGUGGAAUGUUCUUGUUAUUAGAGAUG